CAGCGGAAGUGUCAAUAUGGCGCCGAUAAUUUGUAAACAUGAAAUGAUGCUAUAGAUGCAGGUUCUCGUUGGCGUCUUAGACACGUGUUCUUAAGUAAUUGUUAGUGAUGUGAAUUAUUAAAAUAUAUUAGGGGCUAAUUAAAAAUAUAGGUAUUAAACGGUCCCAAACUCUUAUCGGCUGUAGUCGGAGAUACUAAACAAGAUGCCGACUGAUCUGAAGAUGGCAGAAACUAGAGCAAUUCGCGUUGUGCCAAGCGGAAAGGUUUACCGUCAGAUGUUUGAUGCUCAGGUACAACUUAACAAGAGUCUGAGCAGUGUUCAGAGGAAAGAGCGUAUACCGCAUCCCCCGAGAGAGGGCACAGGAAUCCCUACAGUGCACUUGAGUCGUGAUGAAACACAACACGGUAUACUUGCAGAUCGACAGAAGACCUGGGUGGAGAGCUUCCCAAAUGAUCCACAUAUGGAAAACCCUGUUCUUUACAAACAAUUCACAGAGUUUGUAAAUGCUCGCCGUAAGGAAACAGAUGGAAGCUUGGCCAGUAAAGAAGUCCGAGGAUUACCAGAUGUUGUCGUGCCAGCGAAGGAGGAGUCUGACAUCAUUGAAAGAAUAUCAGCCAGCAGGAAGGAGAGACAUGAAGCAGCUGUGGAGGACAUGCGCCAGGAGCUGAGCGUCAUCAGCGCUGAGCUGGAGCCUCGUGUCCUUGAGCUGAGUGACAUAACCUUGGCCAGACUGGAAGAGGAUGAUGGAGAAGUUGCCAAACUGUUAGCUACUAUUGAGAAGGAUGAGGAUUUAAAACUCUUCAGCCUGGAGGACCUGUUCAAGCUGUGGGAAGAUGUCCAGCAUCACACCCCAGUCAGACAGACCUGGAUCACGGAGCUUGACCACAUGCUGCAGAAGAUAGAGGAUGACAGGAUGGACAUGAUUCAGAGUGUGUUCCAGUCAUAUUCCAAGAGUCUGGAAAAAAUAGCUCACCUAAUGUCCCCAGACCUGCAGAGGUUUCUGGACAAGGAAUCACAGACGAUCAACCAGACCAUGCUGAGCAACAAGCGAGCAUAUGCAGAUCUGAAUGUCCGUCUCCUUUCUUCCGACAUUGAGCGAGAGAAGAUGCAACAUUCAACAUGGCGGAGACGUGUUGAGGACUGGAAGAGGCUCAACAUUGAUCUUGCUGUCGCCAAAUUUCAUUUUCCAGAGACGAUUGACAGAGACACCUGGAGACUUUCUGAAUACAACCACAUCCUACAAAAUCUGGAGGAGGACUUGGCAGAAGCAAAUGACGAAGAAGAGGAGGAGGAGGAUGAUAAAGAAGAGGAAGAAGAAGAGACAAACUUUGAAACAGAGAACUAGGAGAAAUAUAUAUCCAGCCCUUGUGAUAGUUGUACUCUUCACCACAGAUGUUGUAGAAUAAAUUAGAUUCCCAAAUGUCUUUGUGUUCUUUCUUACUGCAAAAUACAUCGU